CGCCGCCCGGCGGCGUCCAGCCCGCCUUGCCUCUCGGCCCGACGCCCGUCCAAUAAUCGUUGUCACAAUAACGCAUCACCCUCGUUUGGAUUAACUUUGUUUGCGUAUUGUUAUUCGCGACCUCACUUGACACAAAUAACACCCGUCACGCACCGACAUCCGAACCGCAGAUUGUACCUACUUAUACGAAAGUGUUAGUGUUGUGUGCGAACUCGAUUGCAGGAAAACACCAACUAGCCCGAUCUCUUAACAUAAUUUACGAAUAAUAAUCUUGUUUUGAAUUCGGUGCAAUCACGUUACCUACUGAAACCUAAACUGAAACAAUGAAAAUUGAAGGACGCAUUCAUGACAGACGAAUCGCGAUCGUACGGCUACGUCAGAGCAACUGGAAUAGAUCAACGAACCUCGGGCGUGAAAUUAAAGGAUAAACAAAUGAAAACCGUUUCGGGUGCGAUUAUAAUGUGGCAGCAGUCCGCAUCAGGAGGUGUCAAGCAGCAGACACUGGCGGCGGCGUGACCCGGCGUCGCGACUCGGCCGCGGCGCAUCGUCCGAACUGGGGCAUAUCAAUAAGCGUGUCCCAGUUACCUGGAUUUAGUGCGGAGCGAGUGCCGCGGUGCAUUUCGGCGGAGGGCGUCGGGCAGCAUGUCGGGCAAGUCGUGCGCGUCGGGCAGCAUGCGCUCGUGCGCGGGCUCGGCGCGGCUGGGCACCGGCCAUGAGGUGGUGCUGGACGCGCUGUACGAGCGCAAGCGCGACAAGAAGAGCGUGCGGGUGCUCACCGUCAUCAUUUACGUGUUCUGCGUGUCGUUGGCCGCUAUCAUGCUCUCGCUGUACUACGUGUUCUUCUGGGAGCCCAAGGACGCGCAAUACGCGCAACGCAAGGUGGCACACACUGUAGAGAAGCAAACCAGCACAACACCAAUGCCCACAUGCUUUAUGCCCUACACCGGAGGAGGCAAUACCACAGUGAGUGAAAAUGCUACAGAACAAACAAUAGUCAACAUCACCGAGGGUUACUCAAACGGGUCCGAAUUCAGCGAGUCCCCAUCGUCAGGAAGCGACAUCUUAGAGGCCGGUAACGCUUCAACGCCCAAUUACUUCGACUCGACUGAGGGUGACGUAGGCGGCGACAGCGGCGACAUUACAUGACCCUCGAACAAAACGCUAAAAGUAAUUAUAUGCAAUUCCAAAAAAACGUAGCAAAUAUCGUGAUGCGUACG